AUGAAUCCUGCAGACACCAUCCUCGGCGUCGAGAAUGAUACUAAAGACCAGGAUCCUAUCCCUGAUCAGAACUGCAUCAAGAAGGCUCCCGGUUGUGCGGGUCAGAAAAAGAAGCGCGGUGCAGUGCAGCUUCUUAAAGCAGCAUCGUUUAUACUGCGCAGGCCUAAGAAGACGAAAUCCUUUCGCACCAGCCCGCACGAUCGCAUCAACCAGGUCCAGGCGGGCAGGUCAUCCAUGCCAUCGUCCCCAAUGGCGCCCGAACAAUCAGAUCAGGAUGUCCGGUCCCCCGUAUCUCGUUCUGGCUAUAGCUCCUCUUCGUGUUCUGAAGUCAGUGCGAGCCGGUACGCGUCCGCCGUUAACCUCCAGGAGCUCGAUCGGAUCGAGGAUAAUGACGAUGGUGAUGAUGAGGCUUACGCCGACUGUGGCGGGGACGAGAUGAUCGACGCGAAGGCCGACGAGUUCAUAGCUCAGUUCUACAGACAGAUAAGGCUCCAACGCAUGAACUCGGCUGAUCGUCGUUACCAUGAUAUGAAGCAGAGGUCAAUUGGUUAA